ACAGCUGCUGGAGGAGGAGGGGGGAGACACACAGAGGGGAGAGAGAGAGAAAGCGAGAAACAGAAACACGUUGAGGGGAGACAGAGAGAGGUGGAGAACAGCGGAGCGCAUUCACAACACGGGGGUAAACUGCUCUGCGCACGGGGACUGUGUCGCGGGGCGUCCGUUGCCUGCUUCCCAGAAUGUUCUGUGGCCCCGGUCCAUUUCUACGGUACACGAACCAGUCGCCGCGGCGUCCCCACGGACACUGAAGCCCAGAUGCUCACCCUCUCCGCCGACAUGGACGAGUCUUCGUCGCUGCUGGAUCUGCUGGAGUGCUCGGUGUGCCUGGAGCGCCUGGACACCACGGCCAAGGUGCUUCCGUGCCAGCACACCUUCUGCCGCCGCUGCCUGGAAAACAUUGUCAGCUCCCGGAACGAGCUCCGCUGCCCGGAGUGCCGCAUCCUGGUGGACUGCGGGGUGGACGACCUGCCGGCGAACAUCCUUCUGGUUCGCCUCCUGGACGGUAUCAAGCAGCGGCCCCAGCGAGGGAGCGGAGGAGGAGGAGUAGGAGCAGGCGGCAGGCAGUCCCUGGCUGGGGGCUCGCUGCAGGGGUACGCAGCCGGGAUAUCCGCUUCUCCCCCGGGCAGUGCGAUCAGAGAGCUGCCCGUAGCCAUCAGGAGCUCCCCUGUUAAGAAUAUCCCGGCGCUGCCGUGCGGUAAAGCCCUCUACUCCUACGAAGGAAAAGAACCAGGCGAUCUCCAAUUUUCCAAGGGUGACAUCAUCAUCCUGCGACGCAAGGUGGAUGACAACUGGUACCACGGCGAGCUCAACGGUUGCCAUGGUUUCUUGCCUGCUAGUUACAUCCAGUUGCUGCGUCCGCUAAGCCAAACUCCACCCCAGGGCAAAGCACUGUACGACUUUGAGGUCAAAGAUAAAGACCAGGAUAAAGACUGUCUGGCCUUCAGCAAGGAUGAGGUACUGACUGUAAUCAGGCGAGUGGACGAGAACUGGGCAGAAGGCAUGCUGGGAGACAAGAUUGGCAUCUUCCCCAUUCUCUAUGUGGAGUUAAAUGAAACAGCCAAGCAGUUGAUGGAGAUCGACAAACCCACGCCAACUAACGUUCCAGGUCCGAGCUCUGAACCAGCCCCAUUGGGGCCCUGCGUUCCUGGCCCCUGCGCUCCUGGCCCCUCCCCCUGCGCCUCCCCGUCCAAUGGAAAUGGCUCUGGCCAUCGGAGAGGUGAAGGGAAGAAAAACGCCAAGAAGAGGCAUUCGUUCUCUGCGCUGUCUGUCAGCCAGAGGGCCGCCCAGCUCAACAACAGACACAGUAUGGAGAUCUCCCACCCGGUCCUCAUCAGCUCCUCUGACCCCAGAGCCGCUGCACGCAUCCAGGAUGCAUCUCACCCAGGUCCCUCUCCCUCCUCGGCAGGGGUACUGGUGCCCCCAAAAGUGGCAUCCAUAACCUCUGAGCUGCUGGCCCAUGCCAAGGUGCAGCUGCCACUCAACAUAUAUCUGGCUCUGUACGCCUACAAGCCCCAGAAGGCCGAUGAGCUUGAACUUAGGAAAGGGGAGAUGUAUCGGGUGACAGAGAAGUGUCAAGAUGGGUGGUUCAAAGGCACCUCGUUGAGAACUGCUGCCUCCGGUGUCUUCCCAGGAAACUACGUCACCCCCGUGUCCAGGGCUCCAUUUGGAGUCGGUGCUUCUCGGGGCUCAGGUUUGUCCAGUCCAGUAGGUGGAUGGAGGCAGUGGCGGUGCAGUCAGGCGGGAGUAAAAUCUCCGAUCCCUUGUUCCCGAGGGUCCCCAGGGCCCUUGCCCCGUCCCUCCCCCCACCUGGUAAACUCAGCCAACACCGAGCCGCCUCCUCGCACAAACUGCCACGUCGCCCAGCUGAAGAACUGCCUGCGCUCCAGUCAGCAGACCGUUAACCAGGCACGCACCUCGAUGCAGCUGGUUCACAGUCCUCCUGCGGGAAGCCCAGAGCGUCCCGCAGUGGCCAUCUCCCCCCUGCGCCCUCAGAGUUCCUCCCCCUCACGCUGCCCCGGCCAAUCGGGUCGUCCUCUCUCCAUGGUGUCUCCGGGACCCAGCUUAGGACCUUCACCCCUCUCCUCUCCAGCCUCGCGGCCCCUCCUGCCCCUCUCCUCCCCUCUCUCCUGCCUCACGCCUCCUAACGUGUCAGCAGUGCUCCUCAACGGGGAGCCAGCCAGUCCCCUGCAGCCGCCAUUGCCGGGCCCCUCCCACGCCCCCAGCCAGGGUGCCCUCGUACCCAAAGCAGAGAAGAAGGAGAGAAAAGCAGGAGGUCUAUUAAAGCUCUUGUCGGGGGCGGCAGCCAAGAAGAAACCUCGCUCACCUCCCUCCUCCCCACCCACCCACGACCCCUCAUUGGCAGGGCAAGGCGCCGUGGCCACCGACCCUGGGCACCAUCCUCAUCACCAUCACCACCACGCCCGCUCAGGUUCCUGUCCGAUGGCAUCACAGGGGCGAGCUGGCUCCUGUCCAAUCGAGAGUGAUAUGGCAGGGGCCAUCGGACUGGAGCCUCUGCACAGGAAGUCAGGCUCCCUGGACACCAAUUUCCCCAGGUCGCCCCCGGCAACACGCACUGGCAGCGCUCUGAUGGUCCUCCGACCUGAACCCAAACCCCUGUCCAGAGAAAGGUAUCGCGUGGUGGUGCCCUACCCGCCCCAGAGCGAGGCGGAGAUCGAGCUGCGGGAAGGGGACGUGGUGUUUGUCCAUAAGAAGAGGGAGGACGGCUGGUACAAAGGCACCCUGCAGAGGACAGGACAGACCGGCCUGUUUCCCAGCAGCUUUGUUGAGAGCUUCUGAGCUGGAAAAAGUGGACAAAAGAACACUGUUCCUGUUUCUGAGUCGCAAAACACACACACACACACACAGCUACAUACGUACACGAAGGAUUGGGCCGACAUUGGUUUCCUAGAAUUACACUUUUGGAUUAAAGACGCUGCUAACCCUGAGAAAAAGGAAGUCUGGAUUUGUAGUUUCACCUGAUGAUCAAAAUGCGUUUUUCCCCCAAAAAAAGAAACACUGGAUUAAAAAUAAUUCAAUUAAAAGCUACUGGCACAAAACAUAACUAAUAGUAGUUGUCUUCAGAGAAACCCAUAUCGGUCCAAGUAAUUUACACACACACACACACACACACACAGGAAAGCUAGCCCUGGCUCCGACCAGCCACACAGGGAGCAGAGCAACCUUUCCUGUCAUUCGCCCGGGGACAGCGUUGGGGUCAGAGGGGCUUCACCAGAUCUGUUGUCUGGACCCGUAAUGUUGACUACUGAAACCGCACAGACUCAAAGAGCACAGAAAGACAAACCCUGCCUCCCAAUUCUCCUCCUUGGCAUCAUCCACCAGCAAACACUAGCACAAAAAGCAUUAGCUCUGCUUUCCACUGAGACCUCAGAACUUGAAUUCGGGUGCUUUCUUUGUUUGAAAAGUGAGGAUUUAUCACCAGGUGACGAGGGAAGUGUGUCCAGGAUCAUUGUAAGCACAUCUCCGUGUCUAGUUUGUGACAACAAGCUCUUGUUUCUUAACAACACGAUAUAUGUUAAUAACAAUGCAUGUAGCAUUAUUAUGUUUUUUUUAUAUAUAUAUAUAUGUUGAAAUAGAUGUUUGUGUUGUCCCAAACUAGUCAUGCUGUGAUGAUCGGUCACAGGAAUUGUAAUUUAAAAACAAAUAGGCGAUUCAUUUUUCUAGUUAAAUAUCCUGCAUACAUUUUCACACCCAUUUUUCAAAUUUAAAAUCUGUCCUUUAUAGACAGCCCACAGCUGGGUUGAACUGCAUAAACUGGCUUGCUGAAUGUAGGAAGAAACUCCUUAAAGAACUGAUUUGUAUUGAUAAAGUUGUUUUGAUCUUCUAUGCGGGAUUAUAGAGACAAAAAAUGCACUUGGUAAUAUUUGAUACAACCUGCCAAUAUAUCUACAUAUACAGUAUUGUACACAAUCCGUUAUUAUUUAUUUUGACAAAAGGGAUUUCUGUUGCUACUUUUUUUUUUCUUUAAGCAGGCACAAACUUCCUUGGUAGGACAAUAUCUUAAUCCAGCCUUUUUAGAUUGGAAUAUUCCUGAACAAAGCAACCAAAAAUAUAGUUACCGGUACUAAUGCAGUUGGUCCUAGGAAACAUCUUUUGGAAAUACAAUACAUUAUGUCACAAAGAUUGCUAACAGUAAUU